GUGCAAUUUUUCUUUGCCUUUUGAAAUAAGGUAACUCUUUGAAGAUUUUUCACGUUUUCCCCUCUCUCUCUCUCUCUCUCUCUCUCUCUCUCACGCGCGCACGCGCGCUCUUCGUAUUAUCGAUUCUUUGGCAUCAUUUCCCAUCUUUCUCCCAUAAUAGCUUCUGCCAUAGAUUUGUUCUCAAUCUUUUUAUAUUUCUGUCUUCAUUUCCAGUUUCAUAUCUCUCUUAUAUUUCCUCUCCUUGUUGUUUUCCUAUAGUAUUGACAGACUACUAACCUCUGCUCCAUUGCCAUAGAAGAAGAACAUUCCCUCCCAUCUGAUCUUAUAUGUUUCACAGAAUCCCAUCAAUCAUCCUUGAAACUUGAAAAAAGCUGCUGCUUCUUUGUCCCGUUUGCCCUUGGAGUUCACAUAUUUCUCUGUACCCGCUUUUCCGUACUUGGAGACUUUUACACCUGCUCUUCAAUUUCUUUAAUCUGUAUGUCCUCAUGGUGUUGAAUUAUUCAAGUUCCUGAAAAUCUUCUCGAUGAUAAUCGUCAUCUCCUAGUUGAAAUUUCUACCUUUUCUCGUUGUCUUUCCUUGGUGGGAAUCGUCGGAGACUGGGAUUGAUAUGUGCUCAGAAACGAGUCCUCCUAGAUUAUCUUUCUCCCACGAUGUUGGACAAUCGGAAGUUGUGCCAAUUGAACACAACUUGAAUCGAAGAGACUCGUCACUUUUGGACCCAGAUUUUGAUUUUGAGUUCCGCAUCAGCAGCAGCAGCUUUGAGCAGGAAACUUGUCCAGCAGACGAGCUUUUCUCCAAUGGGGUACUUCUUCCAGUUCAAGUUAAAGAGAGAAUUGAUGCUGCAAAAGAAAUCCAUAGCCGUGAACCUCGGUCUAAAGCUUCACUCCCUCCCCUUCCUUGCGAUAACUCAUCAAAGAAAGAAAGCAUGAAAGAAGUCAUGAUUAUGAACUCAGAAUUGGCACAAAAACAAGCAUCCAAGUCUUUCUGGGGCUUCAGAAGAAGCACCAGUCUCAAUGCUGACAGUAAGAGAAGCUUGUUGUGCUCAUUACCGCUCUUGUUAAGGAGCAAUUCAACAGGUUCAGUCUCAAAUCCAAAGAGAGCAGCGUUGAAGGAUGUUCACAAGCAGAAUUCACAGAAACAAGCGUCUAAUUCAAUGUCAAGAUCAUCACCUUCUUCAUAUGUUUCUGCAAUGCAGCAGAAACCUCCAUUGAAGAAGAAUUAUGGAGGAUCUUUGAAUGGUGUUCGGAUAAGUCCUAUACUGAAUAUUGUACCACCUCCUUACAUUUCUAAAAGAACUGAAAAUCUAUUUGGUUUGGGUUCUUUGUUACGUGAUAGGAAAGAUAAAAGGAGCACGAAAUGAUUUUCACUUGUUUUUUUCAUCGACCAAGUUAUUAGAACUUUGUUUAUGUAAAGAUGUUAUGAAUUUGUGCUCUUUUUCA